AUGCUCAGAAUGAGGCGAGUGACCAUCUCAGAGAUAGGGGGAUAUCUCCUUGACGGGAGACUCUCGCAGCAAGGCUGUUUGGUUGGCCGACGCUCCCUUGCAAGGAGUACUGCCGCAGCCUUGCGACACUUGGCUCCUUCGCCUGGGUUAUUCCGAGCUGCAUCUACCGCUGCAGUACCCGCUUCCUCUGUGACAAAACCAGUCAUUCCUCUGCGGAAGCAGUUAAAGGAAGAGGCAAAGCUUGCAAAGAAGCAGAACAAAAAGAAGUCAAAGGGUGACUCUCAGACCGUGGAUGGUUGGGAAUUGACUGUGGGCAUUGAAAUACAUGCCCAGCUCAAUACAGCCCGGAAGCUCUUUUCGCCUGCUACCACAUCAUUCAACGAUGAGCCCAAUAGUCAUGUCGCUCUGUUUGACGUCUCAAUGCCUGGGAGCCAACCUCUGAUACAGAAAGAAACACUACUUCCAGCAUUACGUGCUGCGUUGGCUCUUAACUGCGAUAUACAAUCUACCAGUCGUUUCGACAGAAAACACUAUUUCUGGUGGGACCAGCCGGCUGGAUAUCAAAUCACACAAUACUACGAGCCCUUUGCCAAGAAUGGUCAUAUCACUCUGCAUGCCCGGGAUGGUAUUGCCGCUGAAGAUGGCGAAAGUGUUACUGUUGGCAUAAAACAAGUCCAGCUCGAGCAAGAUACCGCCAAGACAUUGGGACAAGGCGAAAAUGUGCAGUGGCUAGAUUUCAACCGAGUUGGCGUACCUCUCAUUGAAAUCAUAACGGAGCCCGACAUGCACCAUCCUCGAACGGCAGCCGCGUUUGUUCGAAAAGUCCAGCUGCUGCUCAAUGCUGUUGACACUUGUGUUUCAGGAAUGGAGACUGGCGGCCUUAGAGCCGACGUGAAUGUAUCAGUCCGCAAAUCUGACGACCCAUCUCGCAAGUUGGGCACAAGGACGGAAAUCAAGAACCUCAGCACCAUCAAGGCAGUGGAGGACGCCAUCAUCGCUGAGAGGGACCGCCAGAUUCGAGAGCUAGAAGCUGGGGGUGUGAUCGCGGGCGAGACUCGAGGCUGGUCUCUUGGAUCGAAGGAGACUCGAAGGCUGAGGGGCAAGGAGGGCGAGGUCGACUACCGCUACAUGCCCGAUCCCGACAUUGCGCCACUCGUGAUUGGAAACGAUCUGAUUGAGCAUCUGCGGAGCUCCUUAGCCGUCUUGCCUGAUGCUGAGCUUGACACCUUGAUAAACGAUUUCGGCCUGACAGCAAAAGACUCACUUUCUCUUAUUACUUUGGACAAUGGAGCCAGGGUUCAAUACUUUUACAAGGUUUUGGACAGUAUCGACAAAAGAAUGCAAUCCGAAUUUGGAAACGGAAGCGAUGAGUCAAAGCCCGAGUUCAAGGAGUAUGCAACUCUUGCUGCGAACUGGGUCACGCAUGAACUUGGACGCUUGACAACAUAUAAGGCGGGGCCAUUCGCCACCGGCGAGUUGUCAUUCACGGCUGACGGGGAAUGUGCCCAAGUUCCUUCUGUUAGUUUGUCGCAACUCCUUUAUCAUCUGUCUCGCAAUCAAAUCACAGGCAAGGUAGCUAAAGAGCUUCUUCUAUCGAUUUAUCUUGAUGAGCUUCAAGGCGAUGUGGAUGCGGCCAUCGAGGCUAAUAACUUGUGGUUCAAAGAAAUCUCGGAAGCCGAGUAUCGUCAGUUGGCAGACGAAGCCGUGGAAGGAGAAGAUAAGGUUUUGCAAGAAUUUGUUGAUUACAAGAAGUUUCCGCAAGGAAAGUUGAUGUAUCUUGUUGGCAAGAUGAUGAGAAUGGGCCCUGCGGAGCGCAUUGAUCCCACAACUGCGGAAGCAGUCAUGCGAGCACGGGUUGGAGUCACAACUGCGAAGCAGGCGGUGGUGUGA